UUUUUGUAAUAAUAGCAAACUAGAAAGGAAUAGAAAAAAGGCCAAAGGUUAUUUACGCGAUUUUAUAUAUACAUCUUAGGUCUUUGGUAAGAGGUGCUUAAAGCUGAAGGAGUUGGCUUCUGUUUCUCUCUCCUUCUCUCUCUUUCAGAUAUGGCUACAAAACCCAAAAUCUAUCAUUUUGAUGAAGUUGCAAAGCAUAAUGAUAGACACGAUUGCUGGCUUUUAAUCCAUGGGAAGGUGUAUAAUGUUACCCGUUUUCUGGAGGAACACCCUGGAGGAGAAGAAGUAUUGAUUGCAGCUAGCGAGAAAGAUGCGACUGAUGAUUUCGACGAUGUUGGUCACAGCUCAUCCGCAAAAGAGCUGAUGAACAAGUACUACAUCGGUGACGUUGAUGUCAAAACCGUUCCACCCCCCGGGAAGAAGUAUACUCCUCCUCCAAUUAAUCCUCCAAAGGCAAUAAACAAGUACUAUGCAAUGUUGGCGAAGCUCUUACAGCUCUUGUUACCACUGCUGAUCCUGGGUGGAGCAUUUGCGGUGCGAUCAGCGAUCAAAAGGGACUAGUACCUGUUUGAUAAUUUUCCUUAGAGGAAAAACUAUACAAGUCUCAGAACGCAUUUUGUUGUUUCAACUGUUUUGCUUAAUAGCAAAUCUCUGUAUCUUGUUUCUAAAUUCUAAUAAUAAAUGGGCUUCUUCUUUCA